UCACGUUUCUCUGUACACCUUACACGCUGGACGACGUUUUUGGCUCUUUUUUUUUUUUUUUUUACAGCCUAUUUUUUUAUCGAGACGUCCAACCUGGCAGUUAGAUAUACAACAAGAUAAGGACACGAUUUCGGAAUAUGAUCUUUUGCUGACGCGUUUACUUAUGUGCGUAAGUACAAAUACACUGUGUUUGCGCAUGCAUUCUGCAGGACCGAGAACAGAGGAGGAAGGCUGGAGUUGAGUUACAGUACUAGCGAACUCUAAAGCUAGCGGUGUAUGAAUAGUCUACCCUGCAUGGAAUUUCAUUCAGAGACGCGUUAAACACAUCGUCUCGGUUUGUUUAUUCUGUGCUGUUUUAAAUCAGGUGCACAACAAUAUGCACUGUAAAGCUGGCCUUGCUGGCGAUGUCAGGUGUAACGCUAACGGUCUAAUAGCCUAUUAGUGCAUUGUUGCUAAUAGUAAUAGAUUUGUUUACAUACUCAAUUUCGAGUUGGUUUGUGUGCUUGUCAUUGUGUGUUUAGAAGAAAUCGGUAUCGCGUUGUUGAACUGAAGCUAACGCGCGGCUGUUACUCCACGCAUGCUACUUUAGCGAGGUUAUAGCUAACAUAGCCUACAGCCGAACCGUGCAUUCAGAAGUGUAUUUAUCACACGAGCAUGACGGCAGAGAUGACCGUAACCGAAUAAAAUGCGUUAUUAAGUGCUGUAGGAUCAGGCGGAGAACGGAAAGCUCAUGGCUGGGCGCCGUUAGCUCGCUUCAGCUCUCAUAGGCCACGUCGCCUGUGUGUGUGUCGGUGUGUUUGAUCUACUGACAGUGGCGUUGCAUGAAUGCAAACAACGAAAAGCUUGAAGUCGCCAACUGUGCGGAAGGGAUACGAAGGAACCGUCAAAGUAGUUGUCACCAACUUCAGGACUCUUCAAGGUUGCUGUAGGCCGAAUGGGGAAGAACAGAAAUCUUUCAAGAUAGAUAAUUUAGCAGAGCAGUGGCCUCAUCAGUAGUUUCUUGUUUUUACGUGCGGCGCUCACACAAAGCCAGAGUUCGUAAUCUGUGCGCCUCUUCGAUUACGCGAUGAUCGGCUUCGGCGCGAAUCGACGUGGAGGUCGCCUCCCGUCCUUCAUCCUGAUUGUGUUAUUGGUGAUUAUCGUCAUUUUGUCGUUUAACUACUGGAGCGUGUCCACUAAGCACGGGCGGCUGCUGGACGAGCUGGCCGAGAUGCAGACGCAGGUGAAGCGCACGGACGCGGCGCGCUCGCGCCUGGAGAAGAGAAACUCCGAGCUGAUGAUGCAGGUGGACACGCACCGGCAACAGAUCGAUCAGAAGGACGGAGACUACAGCGUGCUGGAGAGCAAGCUGCAGGCCAAGGAUGCGCUGGUCAAAGCCUGCACCGAUGAGAAGAAUAAGCUGCAAAAUGAUGUCAGUGCCCAGAUGUCAGAGAUUCACAGACUGAAAGAUGAUGGCCCACUUCUGAAAGAUGAUAUGGGUAAACCUGGUAGCGAUGCUGGAAUGCCUGGCAUUGAGGACAGUGAAGUAGGCAAGAUAGAAGAUGCACAGUUUGCCCUAAAGAAGCCAGCCAUCACGCCGCAGAAGCACAUGGAGCCCGCAGAAGCUGCAGCAUUGCUGAAGGAGGAGAGGGCAGGGUUCGGAGCUGGAGCUGGUGCCAGACCAGGGGAUGAUUUGGCACACGGGCAACCGCUGGACCUACCAGACAUGCCCCAUGAUGAAAACCUGCAUUUGGGGAACAACGACAUACCUUUGCAGCAACAGCUUCCAAAAUCCAGUGCUGUGUCUGUCCUUGUUUCAUUAGCUGAGGGUUUAAAGGCAGAGGGAGUUGGACUUCCUCCUCCUCCUAACCCAGCUCAGGUCCUUUCCAAACACAUUGACCAGCACAAUGGCAGAGAUCCUGCGCCUGCUGUCCUUCCACGUCACCGUCAGAGCCGUUUCUUUGAUGAAAAUGAGUCCCCUGUAGAUCCGCAACACGGCAAUAAGCUGGCGGACUAUAACGGGGAUGAUGGCAACGUGGGUGAGUAUGAGGCGGACAAGCAGGCCGAGCUGGCCUACAAUGAGGAAGAGGAUGGUGAUGGUGGGGAGGAAGACGUCCAAGACGAUGAAGAUCGGGAGGCUCCAGGUGAAAGGGCUGUGGAUUAUGGAAAGCGACAUCAAGCCAUUGACGUCCUGUAGUUCAACCUCUCAAAAAUCCUUUACAUUGAGCUUUGGAUGUUUCUAACAGUGAAGUAGCCAAGCCAGGAAAAGGAACUUUGGAUUUCACCUGCAAUUUUGGUAUCAUGAUUGGAGACAUUCAGACUAUUUCAGUGUCUUCAGAGAGGAACGAAUUUCAGUGGUUACGGCUGUGAAAUCAGUGACUGCGGAUGAAUUUCAAUCAACUUAAAUACAACAGUGAUUUCAUAAUCUGCUGCAAAUGUUUGCUUGCACAUGACCUAAUUGGAGAGUAUUGUUUUCAUGUUUGUUUUUUUGCCCUUAUCUGUAGCACCGGUCUAUCAGAAUUGGGAUUUGGAACUAAUAUAUUGUACAAAUGUCUUUUUUUGGGGGAUAAUAAAAUACCUUCUCCAUGGACUGGAGGACACUACUGUGAAUAGAUAAUACGGAAGUAAUAUUUCUCUGUUAGAUUCACAAAGUGGAACAUAUUGAUACUACUGAUGAAAAGGACCUCUACAACACCAGGUUUCCUUUUUUUUUUUUUAAGAACUGCUGAAAAGCAUAAUCUCCCUUUAUCUUUUUGGACCACUGUUGCUAAAUCGAAGUGUAAACUAUGGGAAGAUGCAAUUAAGUUGCUGUUCAACUUUUUAACCUCUCACUGGUACAUAAUGACACCAAUUGGCCAGACAUGUUUUUUUUUGUUUUUUUUAACUACUGUUUCUAAUUCUGAAGGAGCACUCAGAAGUGCACAUGGAGUCUUGUAAGGACAUUGUUGCAUGCAAAAAGCAGCAUUUGUAAAUCAGCCUGUAGAUCAUCAAGAAAAUGGAAAAAAGCAAUACUUGGUGCCACAGACUAAACUCAUCACAGCUGUUGGCCUGCUUCCUUUCUUACUGGUAGCUGUAGAUGUACAGUACAUAUGAGGAAUCUGUGUGAUAAGGAAUGCUGUAAAAUUGCUAAACUCUCAAAAGGACAUAAUGAUCAUAGACCCGUUUGUGUUUGUUUCAUAAUUAAGCAAAAUUUGGUAGGGUUGGCAUACUGAAUGUACUCUUAUAGCUUGUCAUUGUUUUUGAGAUCUGUCACAUGGGUGUUUGGGCUCUCUUACACAGCUGUGCAGUGCAAUCCAAGGAUAACAAUUAACAAAAUACUCUAUUUCAAAUAAACUGGUCCUGUUUUGGAAAAAGUACAAAUCCUAUCACUGUGACUAAAGUAUAGAAAGUAGUAGCAUCAAGAAGAGCACCCAGAAAUCUUCAUUCAUUUGUCCCAGGCUGCUUUACAAACAUAAAUGAUUCCAUUACGGUAACAAUAAAAAAAAAAAAUUCUGUAUAAAGUAUUACUGUCUGUGCAUUAAGAACGUUUAUAUAAAUGUGUACCUAUUCACCUUAGAUUGACCAUAUUUCAAAAUAUUUUGUUC